CUGGACCAGCAUAGCCUCUGUUGAUCAGAUACUACCAUGUCUGCACGAAGUCCCGCUCGUGCAGGGCGCACGCACAGCCCCAACGUCUUCGGACACAUCCCUGACGUCCCGAUCGGAACGUACUGGGCGUCGAGGCAGGAAUGCAGCGAUGCAGCUGUACACCCGUUUAUCGCUGCUGGAAUAUAUGGGACUAAGGAGGAGGGUGCUUACAGCAUCGUGUUGUCGGGCGGGUAUGAAGACGAUGUGGAUGAAGGAGACCGAAUCAUAUAUACCGGGUCUGGCGGGAACGACAAGGCACUCGAUGGCACGUGGCACGCAGGGCCUCAGACCAAAGACCAGACCUUCGACAAUUAUAGGAACGCUGCUCUGUGGAAAUCAUGGAAAACUGGAGAACCUGUGCGAGUCGUCAGAGGCUGUCAAUUGGACUCUGACUUCGCGCCGCCUGGAGGCGACAAGAAAUAUCGAUACGACGGACUAUACGAAGUAGUCAGGGCAUCACUAGAGACGGGGAAGUCCGGUUUCAAAGUCUGCCGGUUCGAAUUGAAGCGCUUCCCGAAUCAGCCGCCCAUCCCGAGGCGCGAAGGGACGUACACGUUCAGGCCGCUCAAGCAGCGACGAGGAUACAGUCCCAUCCCAGAACCCAAAUACGAAGGCACCCCGAUACCCGCCGCACCCCAAGCGGGGCCAUCUUCGCUCCCGAGCUCCCCCAUUGAGUCAUCGCUACGCCUAGAGUCACGCUCAGCUGCGCCAAGUCCCACCCAACGUGGCAGAGAGACCCCGAGCCACUCCCCCAUCGAGGGCACGUUCACCGCUCUGCGUCUCUCGAGCCCGCAUCCGGCGCCCCCGCGCGACGUUGAAUCGCACCGAAACGCCUCUCCGGCGUAUUCAAAUGCACCGCGCCGCGCCGCGUCGCAUUCGGCACAACCUCGACGCUGGUCGGCUUCGGCCUCGACUGCGCCGACUGCCCGGGUCUCUGUCGAUCCUGACGUCUCGCGUGCUCUGCAGUCGUUGCAGUUCCCAUAUGCCCCCGAUCCCAAGUUGAAGGCUCUGAAGUUCAAGAAGAAGUCGGAGACGUGAAGUGGUGCCGCAGCGGGUCCCGGAGUAAUCGCCGCUGAGGUUGCAUGGAGUCUUGAUGUGUUUUGUCUGCGAUUUAAGAGCUUGAGGAGCUACUUGGAUGCGGAUUCGUCCUACAUUGACAGUGUGCUCUAGUUUUCUGUCUGGUGAUUUGUGGAGUGAUUUCUUGCACUCGUUCUUAUGUUGGUUCAUAGUAGCCGCUGAUAAACCCAUUCAUGCUGGGAAGUUGGAGCGGACUACAAGUCACACUCUUUACGAUCGUGUCUUCUGCGUUGCUUAUAGCUUACCUUUAUGUACAUAAAAUGGCGAUGCUACUGCAAGGCUUGCCCUACAAUUGCACAGGGGUAUGUCAUUGUCUACGAAAGCCACCAUAAAUCCCUCGCGAAC